AUGGAACGACGGCAGGAAUACGCACAUGAAGUUGACCACUUUGGGUUCGAUCCCGUUCCACCAAUUGCGCGCACAAAAGUUCGAAAGAAAGAAAAGAAUAGUACCUGCGAUCCCGAUACCCUCGAAUGUCUAAAUCUUAGUUACGAAGUGGCUACAAAGCUGUCUCUUAAAGAUGUUGCGCCCCACAGUGAGCCAAAAUUACACAUUCGCCAAGGCAGCUUUCCUGGCAACUCUCCCGGCUCCUCUUUUGAACUUCCCGACAAAGGCAAUACCUGGCUGUCAGCUCAAUUCAGUCAGAAAUAUGCCGAUCAUUUCCAACCUACCAAAUUCGCAUUUCCGACUUUAUCGAAUGAAAAGUUUCCGAUUAUCAAUGAUGGAUUAAAUGAGAGGCAUUUGGAGCGGGGCACGGACCUAGAUCUACAGGACCUAGAUCUCACCCCCACAGCAGAGAGCACACAAAUGACGUGGGCCCAGGAAGGUGCGCUGUUGACAUUGGAGACUGCCUCCAAGCCACAACAACUACCACUAUGCAUUUACUUUCGCCUCCACAAGGAUGAAGGGUACUACGGGGACGACGAUAUUUUCCGUGCCGUGUAUCUUCAAGAACGGACCGCCGAAAUGUUCGUUCGAGGAGUUUGCGCAAAGUUCCCGAUUGACGUUACGUGUGUGAGAGAAGUGUUGUUCUUGGAUAGCAAUGGGAUUAUAAACAGGACAGAUGAUGAGAUUUUACAGGAACUGCCCAACGAACAAACUUUGGAUAUUGAGUUUGUGCCAGUCCAUGCGGGCUUUACAAGUACUUCUAGUGCUGUCAGUGACGUAAAAAUGCGAGUUCAUCUCUAG